GUUUUAAAACAUUCUGUUUUGUGCGUGUUUGGUUGAAAUGAUUUUUUAAUUUCUUGUUUGAUAAGUUACGAAGGAGACGUAUGCUUGGUAUGAGGCACAUCGUGUGUCCGUCUCCUCCUCAUUCCCCAAGACCUUUACAUUGCUCCUGACACCAAUCAUUAAACCGUCAGUCUGCUGUCGUGUGUUGUGACUGCUCUAUAAUUAUGUCUCUUUAUCAGAUAUCAACAAGGGUUUAAAUAGAGCCAGCUCGGAGCAAGGAGAGCACAGAAGGAGUCGCACCCCACAGCCAGCAAGACGUGCUCACGCUCCUGACUCACUCACUCUCUUCUUCUCUCCUCUUUCUCUCUCCUCAGACGACAGGACAUGCAGAAACUCUGGUUCACCCUGGCUGUCUGGCUGCUCAGCCCAGGGUCCCAGCUGGAAGCUGAAGCUCGGAAUCCAAGUCUCGGUGUCAAACUCUGCGGGAGAGAGUUUAUUCGGGCUGUCAUCUUUACCUGUGGAGGGUCCAGGUGGAAGCGGAGUGAGAUAAACCUGCCAGACAUCGCUGACCCCUUUUCCCACAUGCCGCAGUCUCUGGACGAUGCCAACCCCGACAGCUGGGAUCUCGCUGACGACGCCGCCAGCUAUGACUCGGCCAGCUGGAGGUUCCUGGUGGGAUUCGGGGAUGAGGGCAGGAGCCGGAGGAGCAUCUCCAAUGACGUUCUGGAGGCUCUGAGGAGCACGGAUAGGAAGGGGAGGGAUGUGGUGGUGGCUCUGUCUAAUGCCUGCUGUAAGUGGGGGUGCACCAAGAGUGAGAUUAGCUCGCUCUGCUAAUACCUGCGCCCCAAACGUCCACUCCUCCAUCUCCUGCUCCCUGAUACGCAAGACCCAGAAACUGGUAGGUUCACGCUGGCAUCUUGAAUGCAAAGAUCCUGCUUGUGAACUCCGGAUCACACACACAGCAUGAAGCGUGUGGCAGCUUGCGGCAAAAUCAAACCUCAUUCUUUCAUGUUCCAGAGACCAGUGUUGAUAGAGUUAGUGACGUUGUUAGGUCAUUCUCUUUGUGUUCCUGGACUCUGCUGCUAAACACUCAUUGUGUAUCUGUUAUGUUUCACUGCUGGAGUACAAUCUGCUGUACAGUUUCUUUUAUUAAAAAAUGACAUUUGUCACCAUCGACUCGAAUUUAGUCUCAAUGUUAAUGUCAAAGUAUAAAUAAGAAAAUUGCGAAGUGCAGUCUCAGAAGUCAAUAACAUUGAUACUUGACUCUCACAGUCACACACACACUGACAUUCACUUUUACACUGUGACACAGUCUCACACACACUGACACUGUAACAGUCUCACACACACUGGACACGCUAGAGGUAGGAAGCAUGUUCCCGAUGUGGGGGGAGUCCAGAACCAGGGGCCACAGUUUAAUAAUAAGGAGUAAGCCAUUUAGAACGGAGACGAGGAAACACUUUUUCUCACAGAGAGUGGUGAGUCUGUGGAAUUCUCUGCCUCAGAGGGCGGUGGAGGCAGGUUCUCUGGAUGCGUUCAAGAGAGAGCUAGACAGGGCUCUUAAAAAUAGCGGAGUCAGGGGAUAUGGGGAGAAGGCAGGAACUGGGUACUGAUUGGGGAUGAUCAGCCAUGAUCACAUUGAAUGGCGGUGCUGGCUCGAAGGGCCAAAUGGCCUACUCCUGCACCUAUUGUCUAUUGACUCACAUUGUAACACAGUCUCACACACACUGACAUUCACUGUCACACAGUCUCACACCACGGUGUACAGUUACAAUUCCAGCUGUCCUUAACUUAAAUAACAAUGGUAUCAAGUAAAACACAAUAUCUUUAAACUCAGGGGAAAAGAUAGGAAAAAUAAGAGGGUGUGUUUGGAAAAUGGAAAUGAAAUCAAAGUCCAGAUUUGCACUUUGCAUCUUUAGAAACUUUUGGAAAUAAAAUUCAAAUUUAAAACAGUUCUUUUUGCAGUGAACUAAAAAUUAAAAUCAUGUCAGAUGAAUAGAGAAAACCUAGGUGGAGCUUGACGCAGCUCUCUCUCAUCAGUCUGAAGAAGGGUUUUGUCGCCUAUUUCCUUCGCUCCAUAGAUGCUGCUGCACCCGCUGAGUUUCUCCAGCAAUUUUGUGUACCUUCGCUCUCUCUCUCUCCUGCCAAACCUCAUGUGAUGCUUUAAAACUCAGAGCUUUCAAUGUAAACAAGUUCAGAAAUGACUCAUCCCCAAGAAUAUUAAGAGACGAGCGAAAUUAAAACACAAUCAUACACACUAUAUGGAGAAUGUAAAACUUAAAGGCUUUAAAACAAAGGAAUGCUGAAAGUUAUUGAUCAUGCAUAAACAUUCAAACAUUCCUGUAUCACACAAAGCCCAGAGCUGACUCUGAGUUUGUUUCAUUUUUAAAUCUCUGACCCAUAACAUAACUCAGAAUAUGAAACUUUCUAGUUGCACAACUUUGGGAAAGUGUCUGGUUUUACUGGAAUUGAAUCAGACUGCUGACUACUCAUGGGAUGGCAUGUAUAUAAGGGUUCAGCUUCUUCUGCCGUGUUCAUGUCAGCUUGUUCAGUGAUUAAUAGCAGUAACUGGGAUGUUCAGGCCUUUGAUAAGGUGCCGCCAUGAGGCCGCUAAAGAAGAUGUGAGCCCAGGGUAUUAGAGGGAAGGUACUACCAGAAGAUGAACUGAAUGGCAUAAGGCAAAGAGUGGAAUAAAGAGGUUUUUCUCUGGUUGACUGCAGUGACCAGCGGUCUUCCGCAGGGGUCGGUGUUGGGUCUGCUACUUUUCACGUUGUUUAUUAAUGAUUUGGAUGAUGCAAUUGAUUGCUUUGUGGCCAGGUUUGCGAAAGAUACGAAGAUAGGUGGUGGGGCAGGUAGCACAGAGGAAGCAAGGAGUCUGAGGCAGGACUUGGACAGGUAGGGAGAGUGUCAGAGAAUCAUAGAGUCAUAGAGUGAUACAGUGUGGAAACAGGCCCUUCAGCCCAACUUGCCCACACCGGCUAACGUCCCAGCUACACUAGUCCCACCUGCCCGCGUUUGGUCCAUAUCCCUGCAAACCUGUCCUAUCCAUGUACCUGUCUAACUGUUCCUUCAACGUUGCAAUAGUCCCAGCCUCAACUACCUCCUCUGGCUGCUCGUUCCAUACACCCACCACCCAUUGUGUGAAAAGUUACCCCUCAGAUUCCUUUUACCCAUCACCUUAAACCUCUGUCCGCUAAUCCUCGAUUCCCCACGACUCUAGGCAAAAGUAGCAGAUGGAAUACAGAGUAGCAAAGAGUGUGGUCAGGCACUUUGGUGGUAAUAAGUAGGAAUCAAGGCAUAGACUGUUUUCUAAAUGAGGAGAUGAUUCCGAAAUUGGAAGCCAAAGGGACAAAAACAGAAAAUUCUGGGACUCAUCAGCAGAUCAGGCACGAUUUGUGGAAGGAAAAACAGUUACCAUUCUGGGCCUGGGAUCUUUCAUUAGAACUGGUCUCCUUACUCUAGGGUUAUGCAGCCCCUGGCCGCCUGCCUCUCUGAUAAACAGUAAGGUGAGGCUCUCAUGAAAUAUAUCAAUGAAGCCAGCACACAUAAGUCACAUUGCUUGCUUCCUGGAAAUUUUGGCCGCAUAUAUGUUUGCUGACACAUGGCAACCAGAUAUUGAGGAAGGAAAUUAAAUCCAUGCCAUACGGGUUCACAAGGGUUACUCUGCAUUAAGAAACCAAUUUCCUUCCCAGAGUGUAUGAAGAAACUGUAAACUGAAGACAGACGCAAAAAGCUUGAGUAACUCAGCGGGUCAGACAGCAUCUCUGGAAAGAAGGAACAGGUGACGUUUCGGGUCGAAGGGUCUCGACCCAACUAU